AUGGCGCGCAAUUCGGAGAGAGCCAUGCUGUUACUGAACCGGUGGCAGUCGCUCAGUACCGCGAUAGCCAGAGGUGUGCCUAAGCGGCGUCCGUUAAAAACAUCUAGUGUCACAUCCCUGCAAGAUGCUGAGCACUGGCGCCAUUCCGUAGUCCGUGAAUUAUCAAUGAGGAUGGCUGAAAUUCAGAACAGUUUGCUGGGCGAGAACAGACUUCGAGAGCUGAAUGACUUGAUAAAUCACCUGGUCAAGGAGAAGGCCAGUUGGGAGAGCCGCAUACUCGACUUAGGUGGACCGGAUUACCGGCAUAAAGACUCCGGAUUCUUAUCCCGCAAUUGCGUUGUGACUCUUAGCGGCGAACGCUAUUACGGCGCCGCCAAGAACCUUGUUAAACCUGAAGAGCUGCUCAAAACCAAGAAAGACAAGGAUGCCGUAACUCGGGCUCAGCUCACCAAUAGGAUCGACGCAUCAUACUAUGGCUACAACGACGAGACUUUAUAUCCAGACCUGCUUGCGGAAGAAGCCAGGAUGGAAGAACGACUACGAAGACCUCUGAAUCACAAUACGCAAUCCUAG